GGGGGCGGUGGGAGCUGUUGGGACGGGAGCUGGAGGGCAGAGCUGGCCGCGGGGCGCGGCUGCCCAGGAGGUGCGCGGAACCGGGUCGACGACUCAGGUCCGGCGCGUUCAGAGCGCCCGCGACCCCGCGGGCGAGGGAGGCGUGCCCUGGGAAAAGCCGAAACUGAGACUUAAAGAGUGAGGGACCAGGGCAGAGAGGGUAACCUGGAGGAGGGCUCUUCAAGUGAUGUGAGGUCGCCUCUUCAGGUUCAUUUCCAUAGCUUUCCCGCAGCCUCUUCCUCGGAGAGUUAGGUCUGGUUACUGAGGUCAGCGGUACCAGAUUGCAGCGGGAUUUGGGGACUGGGAAUUUGCCAUUCCGCUGGACAGACACAGUGUUUUUGUAUAUUUAAAUCAAAACCACAAAGUAUUAGACAUUGCUUCCCAAGCUUGUAAAGGAAGACAGUGGAACAGAUAUAAAAUUCAGCUUUGAUGUUGUCCAAAGUUCAGAAGGAUUUUAGGUAAUGGGCAGAUCAGAAAGUCAGAUGGAUAUAACUGAUAUCAACACACCAAAGCCAAAGAAGAAACAGAGAUGGACCCCACUGGAGAUCAGCCUUUCUGUCCUCGUCCUGCUGCUCACCAUCAUUGCAGUGACGAUGAUAGCGCUCUAUGCGACCUACGAUGACGGUAUUUGCAAGUCAUCAGAGUGCAUAAAAUCAGCCGCUCGACUGAUCCAGAACAUGGAUGCCUCUGUUGAGCCUUGUACAAACUUUUUCAAAUAUGCUUGCGGAGGCUGGUUGAAACGCAACGUCAUUCCUGAGACCAGCUCUCGUUACAGUAACUUUGACAUUUUAAGAGAUGAAUUAGAAGUCGUUUUGAAAGAUGUCCUUCAGGAACCCAAAACUGAAGAUAUAAUAGCGGUGCAGAAAGCAAAAAUGUUAUAUAGAUCUUGUAUAAAUGAAACUGCUAUUGAGAGCCGAGGCGGAGAACCUCUACUCAGACUGUUGCCAGAUAUUUACGACUGGCCGGUGGCGCUGGACAACUGGGAGCAAAAAUAUGGUUCUUCUUGGACAGCUGAGAAAUCUAUUGCACAACUGAAUUCUAAAUACGGAAAAAAAGUCAUUAUUAAUUUUUUUGUUGGCACUGAUGAUAAAAACUCUACGAAUCAUAUAAUUCAUAUUGACCAGCCUCAACUUGGCCUGCCUUCCAGAGACUACUAUGAAUGCACUGCAGCAUAUAAAGAGGCUUGUACGGCAUAUGUGGAUUUUAUGAUUUCUGUGGCCAAAUUGAUUCGUCAGGAAAGAGGACUGCCCAUAGAUGAAAACCAGCUUUCUUUGGAAAUGAAUAAAGUUAUGGAUUUGGAAAAAGAAAUUGCCAAUGCUACAACUAAAUCUGAAGAUCGAAAUGAUCCAAUGCUUCUUUAUAACAAAGUGACAUUAGCUGAGAUCCAAAAUAAAUUUUCACUGGAAUUCAAUGGGAAGCCAUUCAGCUGGUCAAAUUUCACAAAUGAAAUCAUGUCAACCGUGAAUAUUAAUAUUCCACAUGAGGAAGAAGUGAUUGUUUAUGCUCCAGAGUAUUUAACCAAUCUUAAGCUCAUUCUUGCCAAAUAUUCUGCCAGAGAUCUUCAAAAUUUAAUGUCCUGGCGGUUCAUAAUGGAUCUUGUAAGCAGCCUCAGCCGAAACUACAAGGAGUCCAGAAAUGCUUUCCGCAAGGCUCUUUAUGGCACAACAUCAGAAACAGCAACUUGGAGACGCUGUGCAAACUAUGUCAAUGGGAAUAUGGAAAAUGCCGUGGGAAGGCUCUAUGUGGAAGCGGCAUUUCCUGGAGAUAGUAAACAUGUGGUUGAGGAUUUAAUUGCCCAGAUCCGGGAGGUUUUUAUUCAGACUUUAGAUGACCUAACUUGGAUGGAUGCUGAAACAAAAAAGAAAGCUGAGGAAAAGGCCUUAGCAAUUAAAGAAAGAAUUGGCUAUCCUGAUGACAUUAUUUCAAAUGACGACAAACUGAAUAAUGAGUACCUUGAGUUGAGCUACCAGGAAGAAGAAUACUUUGAGAACAUAAUUCAAAACCUGAAGUUUGGCCAAACUAGACAACUAAAGAAGCUUCGAGAAAAGGUGGACAAGGAUGAGUGGAUAAGCGGAGCAGCUGUAGUCAAUGCAUUUUACUCUUCAGGCAGAAAUCAGAUAGUCUUCCCAGCUGGCAUUCUGCAGCCGCCCUUCUUCAGUGCCCAGCAGCCUAAGUCACUGAACUACGGGGGCAUCGGCAUGGUCAUAGGACACGAAAUCACCCAUGGCUUCGAUGACAAUGGCAGAAAUUUUAACAAAGAUGGAGACCUCGUUGACUGGUGGACUCAACAGUCUGCAAAUAAUUUUAAAGACCUAUCCCAGUGCAUGGUGUACCAGUACGGGAACUUCUCCUGGGACCUAGCAAAUGGACAGCAUCUCAAUGGAAUUAAUACCCUGGGAGAAAACAUUGCUGAUAAUGGUGGUAUUGGCCAAGCAUACAGAGCCUAUCAAAACUAUGUUAAAAAGAAUGGUGAAGAAAAAUUACUUCCUGGACUUGACCUAAAUCACAGACAACUGUUCUUCCUGAAUUUUGCCCAGGUGUGGUGUGGAACCUACAGGACGGAGUAUGCACUCAACUCCAUUAAAACAGAUGUGCACAGUCCAGGCAAUUUCAGGAUUAUUGGGACUUUGCAGAACUCUCCUCAGUUUUCAGAAGCCUUCCAUUGUCGCAAGAAUUCAUACAUGAAUCCAGAAAAGAAAUGCCGUGUUUGGUAAUCUUCAGAAGAAGUGGUGCAACCCUUGGCUAAACUUGCCCAAAUCACAGAAAUGGGGAACUCUAUCCGAGAGAGAAGGGGUCAGAGAGGUCACUGAUUACAUGGACGUAGUUCACAGGGGUGAGAACAUGGCAAUAAAAAUGAAGUUAGGUUAUUCUGGAAAAGGCAUGGAGGGAGGAGGGGUCUAAUGUCUAUCAAAUCACUCAUUCUCACUGUGUAAAUUAUGCUUAAUCUCUAGACAGAAUAUUACCGUUCAUUUCAGUUUCCCAUAUGAUCUGCCAAUUUGAUGUUGUCUCUUGAGGUGGACUGGAAUUUCUAAUCUAAGGGAGAAAGAAGAGGUAGAAUAGUUCACUUGGCCCCAAAAGUACAGCAGUAGCUAAGAGUUAAGAACAUGAAGCCUGUGUACCUAUUUUUACCUUUUUUUGCAACAUUUACACUCCUUCAGAACUCUUCCAAAGAAUUCUUAUACAUAUUGGGGCCUUGGGACUCAACAUAGUUCUAAUCUAAUUUUACCAGUCAUCAGUUAUUCAUUCUGAGAGUAUUCUAAGCACUCUUAGGGCUAAAAUGAAUGUCUAAAACUGUUUUUUGCUGUACCUGCUUUCACUGAUAAUGAGAUUCUUGAGGCUCCCUGCAAUUUUCUAAGCAGUUUCUUGUUCUCUCUCAAAACUUGGUCUUUUUAAGAGAUUUGUAGUAAUGUAUAAAUAAUAAUUUUUAUAUUUAAUUAUAACUACAUUUAUGACUAAAUAAUUGUUAUUAUAAGUAUCCAUUGAAUAUUGAAGCUUCAGACCAAGAUAAAUAGUUAAUGAACCAACAAGGUCUGUAAAGUGAUGUACAGAUAAAGAUUUGAGACUUUUUAAACUUAUAAAUCAUAUUGAUGAAAAGCUUUAAGCACAAACUUUGGGUUAAAAACUGCCCCUGGACAGUUGGCUAGAGGUACAUAAGAGUUGUAGUGUAUAAGCAGGAUUUUCAAAAUGAAAUCUUCUCUGAGGGUGUCUAUGAUAAAAGGGCACAACUGCAUUUAUGUAGCUCUGCAUCUCCUGUCUUUUCAGAUUUGUCAUGAUGGAAAUAUUUUGAUAAUAAAUUGAAAUUGUGAACCCA